AAAUCGUUUUUUUCCACAAGGGAUCGUAAUGUGUUUCUACGGUAUCGCGGGUCUAUUCAUUAGCUCCUAUUUGUGGUGCACAAUUUUGUGGAGUGUAGGUAGCGGUUAUGACAAAUUCGAUAGAAAAGAAGGAAUAGUGUGUAUUUUUCGUUGGGGAUUUCCUGGAAGAAAUCGUCGCAUCUUCUUUCGAUUCCGUAUAAGAGAUAUCCGUUCGAUCAGAAUAGAAGUGAAAGAGGGUCUUUUUCCUCGCCGUGUCCUUUAUAUGGAAAUUGGGGGCCGGGGAGACAUUCCAUUGACGCGUACCGAUGAGAAUUUAACUCCACGAGAAAUUGAACAAAAAGCUGCCGAAUCGGCCUAUUUUUUGCGCGUACCAAUUGAAGUAUUUUGAAAUGAAACAAAGAAAUCGAGGAAUGAGUGCUCCUCGUCACGAGGGAGAGGGAGGGAACCCAAGAAUCCCUUUUUCUUUUUUUCUUUUAAUAUAACUAUAACUGAUGUUUCGCUCCUUUGAUGAAAACAUUUAGUUAAAUCCUAUUUCCCACAUCCCGAUGGAAAUACCAUGUCCUGCGUACCAUGGAGCAGGUGGACUUAUGGAACAAUCAUACCAUGAAGUGAUUUUAGUCCAUCAAAACUAUUUUUCAUGCGUAUGAAAUUCCACUGAAUUCUUUCAUUUUCAUAUUAUUAACAAGUUUCAUAAGUAUGUAUUCAUCACAUAUAUCAGGUCAGAGUACAGAAUCCAUAUUUUAGGAUUUUAGGACCAAUAUUUCGAAUCAAUACAUUACAUUAUAUAUAGAUGAAGAUAAGAAUAGAUGAAGAUAAGAUGGAUCAUACCCAGUAAAUUAUCCCUCUUUUGUCACCUUUCUUUUUAUUCAUCUUUCUUAAUGCUUGUUUCUUGAUGACCAAACAAUUGGAUUUUUUAGAACCACUCCCGUUUUGCCGACUAUUUCGGAUUUCAUCAUCGGUAUUUUUCAGAAUUAUCCCCUCGAUUAUUCCUGGGAUGUGGAUAAUCAGUGAAACAAUUCGAAAUAAUUGAUUGAUAUAACAAAAGAGUUUUUCUCGAAAUACGAAUAAUAUUCAUGUUUGUUACUUCAAGUGCUUCUUUCUGGCAUUCAUCAAAAAGACCAAAUGAACAUGCAAUUGAUCCGAAUUUGACCGAUUGAGAUGUCUGGGGCCACUAUUUCAUUACCUCCGCAUUCGAAAUAAAUUAACCCUUAUUCCAUUUCUGGAGACAAGGACUAAACAAAUUACACAAUGGAAAAUAGAUCCAUAGGUUCCAUACCUCGUUAUAGAACUCGUGCUUCAUACAUCAUACAAAUAUCAGACAUAGUCAACAAAUGAAUCAGGUUCAUUAACAAUUCACGGAUUGGAAGUGACGAAAAAGAAAGCAUUGAAUCCCCUACCAUAUCUUGCAUCUAUCGUAUUUCUGCCUUGGGGAAUUUCUCUCUCAUUUAAUAAAAGUAUGGAACCUUGGGUGACUAAUUGGUGGAAUACCAGCCAAUCCGAAACUUUUUUGAAUGAUAUUCAAGAAAAGAACAUUCUAGAAGGAUUCAUCAAAUUAGAAGAACUUUUCUUGUUGGACGAAAUGAUAAAGGAGUAUCCGGAGACACAUAUACAAAAGCUUCGUAUAGGAAUCCACAAAGAAACGAUACAAUUGGUAAGAAUGCACAAUCAAGAUCAUAUACAUAUUAUUUUGCAUUUCUCGACAAAUAUAACCUGUUUCGCUAUUCUAAGUGCUUAUUCUAUUCUGGGUAAUGAAGAACUUAUCACUCUGAAUUCUUGGGUUCAGGAAUUCCUCUAUAACUUAAGCGACACAAUAAAAGCUUUUUCCAUUCUCUUAUUAACCGAUUUAUGUAUUGGAUUCCAUUCGCCCCACGCUUGGGAACUAAUGAUUGGUUCGUUCUACAAAGAUUUUGGAUUUGUUCAGAAUGAUAAAAUUAUAUCCGGUCUCGUUUCUACCUUUCCGGUCAUUCUAGAUACAAUUUUGAAAUAUUGGAUCUUUCAUUAUUUAAACCGUGUAUCUCCUUCACUUGUAGUGAUUUAUCAUUCACUGAAUGAGUGAAGAACUGAUUUAAUCUGAUAACAUAAAGAAAAUUGUAAUGUCACUUUGUAUAUAAACAAACCAUUCAAAAUCUUACUCAUUCUUUAUGCUUUGACUCGUCGAGGGGAUUAGAUUACUUCUGUAUUCCAUACAAUGGCAGAAUCGGGGAUAGGGAACUAUACUGACUCCCUACCUAAUUUAUUGUAGAAAUUUCCGGGAUCAAUGAUUAGACCAUGCAAAAAAAUAGAAAUACUUUUUCUUGGGUAAAGGAACAGAUGACUCGAUGCAUUUCUGUAUCGAUGAUGAUAUAUGUAAUGACUCGGGCAUCUAUUUCAAAUGCAUAUCCCAUUUUUGCGCAGCAGAGUUAUGAAAAUCCGCGAGAAGCAACUGGGCGUAUUGUAUGCGCUAAUUGCCACCUGGCUAACAAGCCCGUGGAUAUUGAGGUUCCACAAGCUGUGCUUCCUGAUACUGUAUUUGAGGCAGUUGUUAGAAUCCCCUACGAUAUGCAACUGAAACAGGUUCUUGCUAAUGGUAAAAAGGGAGGUUUGAAUGUAGGGGCUGUUCUCAUUUUACCCGAAGGAUUUGAAUUAGCUCCCCCCGAUCGUAUUUCUCCCGAGAUGAAAGAAAAGAUGGGUAAUCUGUCUUUUCAGAGUUAUCGUCCUAAUAAAAAAAACAUUCUUGUGGUGGGCCCUGUUCCUGGUCAGAAAUAUAGUGAAAUCGUCUUUCCCAUCCUUUCUCCAGAUCCCGCUACUAAGAAAGAGGUUCACUUCUUAAAAUAUCCUAUAUAUGUAGGUGGGAACAGGGGAAGGGGUCAGAUUUAUCCUGAUGGGAGCAAGAGUAACAAUACAGUCUAUAAUGCUUCAGCAGCAGGGAUAGUAAGUAAAAUAGUACGUAAAGAAAAGAAAGGUGGAUAUGAAAUAACCAUAUCUGAUGCAUCGAAUGGACACGAAACGGUUGAUAUUAUACCUCCAGGACCAGAACUUCUUGUUUCUGAAGGUGAAUACAUCAAGCUUGAUCAGCCAUUAACAAGUAAUCCCAAUGUAGGUGGUUUUGGUCAAGGCGAUGCAGAAAUAGUACUUCAAGAUCCAUUGCGUAUCCAAGGCCUUUUGUUCUUCUUAGCAUCUGUUAUUCUGGCGCAAAUCUUUUUGGUUCUUAAAAAGAAACAAUUUGAGAAGGUUCAAUUAGCCGAAAUGAAUUUCUAGAUCCACGGAUUCCUCAACAUAGAGCUGGUAAAAAAGCUGAAUUUUUUUUGAUCGCAAUUAUAUUAUGUGUAUGCGCGGUCAAAAAUCAUGGAAAGCCCCUUUUUGCUUGCUUUUUAUUAUACUAUUUCGAGAUAUCGGAGAUGACUUGUAUUCCAGAUUAGAAAAUAGCAAUAGUAUGGAAUUGCAAAAGAAGAUGAUUGGAUCAAAAUUUACAAAAUUUAGUUUAGUGUGAUUAUGCCAGGUUUCUUAUUGCCACAUGGUAAAUGGCACGUAAUGCCUCAAUACUUUUAGAUUCUAUAUCUAAUAAACGCAUAAGUGGGAAGCAGGGGUAGAAAGCAGGAUAAAUGAAGAAAAAAGGAAGGCUCCAGGAAAGAUUACUCGUCUCCCAAAUCUUCUUUCUACAAAGAAAGAAAAGUAAUUUUCCGCUCUUUCGUUGCGUCGAAAUAAUAAAGGUUCUGGGUCUCAUUCGUCAAAUCAAAUAAAUAUGAAUUGCGGGUUUAUCGGAACCUCUUUGAAUUCAUAAGAAAGAAGAGAAGUAUGGGGGAUAAAAAAAGAGGGGCAAGAGAAACUCCAUUGAGCAAAUGGAAUUUUUGCAAUGAACUUAUAAUUUUCAAUGAACUUAUAAAAAGAAAAAAGACUCGCUUAAAAAGAUUUUUCAUGUUCUAAUUCCGGGUCAAAAAGUGGAAAUCUUGGGUUUUCGGGCAUAUCAAAAUCCUUAUUAAUUUGAUUAUCUUAUUAUACCUUAUUAUCUGAUCUCAUCACUCACAUCAAAGUGACAGUUCAAACUUUAUUUUUCUAUAGUUUCCUAGUUUCCAAUUAGUUUAGUAUAGGAAUGAUUUGUAAGGUGUUUCAUCUGUAGAAAUCCAUAUUAUUUAUGUCAUUCAAAAGAUCCUUCUUUCUUUACUUUAUUCUUACUUCGGAAAAGUCCACACUAUAUCUAUAGAUACUAUGAAUCAAUCAGUGGAUUCAACAUUUCAAAAACAUUAUAAAAAAUUAAGGAAUGUAGUAAUUUCAUCGGGGCCAAUCAACCAUUUUUCAUUUAGAAAAAUCUAAUACAUGUAUAUAUUAUGAUUGUGUUGACUGGAUGAAUUUCCACCUCUUAUGGAAUGGGUCAAGGUCUUGGUCGAAGAGUAAGAACUCAACAGGACCUCAAAUCCAUAUAAGGAGGGGUCAGGUCCUGUUGAGUUCUUACUCUUUCAUGUCUACAGUACGGUUCAUCCGAUUAUUACAGGGAUGAUCCCAAUCCGGAAUAUGAUCCGUAGAAGAAAACGCCGAUUAAACCGAUCACAAGAAUACCAGUUACAGUACCUAUCAGCCAAAGAGGAAUCCUUCCAGUAGUAUCGGCCAUUUACCUCACUUCCCUCCCCAUUUCAUCAAGUGGUCAUGCUAUAGACAUAAACAGUCAUGGAUAGUUAUGGGUAUGAUAUCCUUCCGAAUGAGAUAAGAGAAUUUCCUUUCUUUCUCUCAAUUGAAGAAAUAAUUGGAAAAUAAAACAGCAAGUACAAAAAUGAGUAAUAACCCCCAGUAGAGACUGGUACGAUUCAAUUCAACGUUUUGUUCGUUCGGAUUUGAUUGUGUCGUAGCUCUAUAAUUAAUUCGGAUUAGAUUGAUUUAUUUUAUCGUUGGAUGAACUGCAUUGCUGAUAUUGACCCCAAGAAAAAAACGGUAGGUACAGCUAGUCCGUGAACAGCCAACCAUCUCACUGUGAAAAUUGGAUAGGUUCUAUCUAUGGUCAUUAAGGCCUCCUAAAAGGAUCGACUAAAUUCAUCGAGUUGUUCCAAUGAAUCGAAACGGCCAGUUAUUAAUGGAAUCCCUUGUCUGCUUUCUGUGAAAUAUUCGUUGGGUCGAGGGCUUCCAAACACGUCGUAAGCUAAACCCGUGCUGACGAAUGACCAACCUGCAAUGAAUAGGGAAGGUAUAGUAAUGCUAUGAAUAACCCAGUAUCGAAUACUGGUAAUAAUAUCAGCAAAAGCGCGUUCUCCCGUACUUCCAGACAUGCUGAGCUCCAAUAUUACAGUCAAAGGGGGAUCGAUUUCGUGAAAGAUAGAGAUCAGUAAAUGGAGAAAUACUGAUAUCCAAUCUUUGUGAGAUCGUCAAUAUUGUACCAAGGGUGUAUUUAGAGUAUACCGAAUCAGUAUAGCUAUCUUUCCUCUGACACAGCAAUGUUGUUUCAAUCAGCAUCGAAAAAAAAUAGUACAGAAUUCCUUUCUUCCUUUCUUGUUCCUUGUAUAGGCCUAAGCAGGUGUCAUUCAAUAGAAUAGAAAAUUACUUGUAAUAUAAUGUUUUACCGGUUUUGGGAUAGGCUGAAGAUCUUGGUAAAGGUGACUCGAUGGCUUUUAUUUUUUAUUUAUAUUUAAUUAAUCUAUCUUAUCUAAUAAUUCAUGAAUGAAAUUAUCAUAUUCCCACAAUUGAAUGCAAAAUCUGGAAAGGAGUUUUCGUGGUUGUAGAAGUAGAAAAAGGUAUUUUCGUUCUAACCCCUUCCAAUAAGAGGGGUUGUUUGGACAGUACAAUAGCAAAUAGUAUUCGAUAAGGGAAAGUGAACAUAGUUGGAGCAGUCAAAAUUCAUGAUGCAACUAUAAUGGAUUGAACUAAUCUGGUUUUUCAUUAGAUUGUUUCAUUAGGUUCAAUUCAAGGGUUCCCACCUACAAGAAGAUAGGACUACAUCAUGUGAAAAGACAAAAAAAUGUGGAACCCAGAACAACAAAAUAAUUGUAAUUGCUAAUCUUGGAAUCGAGUUGUAUCUGAAAUAACGCUUUUUAUUUCUUUGCUUUGAGAAGUCGUGGGAUACUUUUUUUCUUCUUUUUUCUUCUUUUGAGAUAUCUUAUAUUAUAUUAAAUAUUAAAAAUAUUAAGUUAUAUUAAGUAAGUGAAAAUAAGAAAGAGUCGUUAUCGGUUCGUUCCAAAACGGAUCCAAUUGAAAAGGAAAAGCAAUGAUCCAAGUUGGAAUGAUUUUAAAAUCCAAUUCUUCUUUCUAUCCCAUAGUUUUCCAUGAAAGAGAAUUUCAUUUGUGAAUGAAGUUACAAGACAGAGUUCGUAUUACUAUACGAGUUGUUCAAUCAAUUUGUUGAUUCGGAAUCACGAGAUCAGUAGAUGUCACAGACGAGGAAUUCAUAAGGAAUUCAUAGUAAGGUAAAUUUACUAUUGAUUUUUCCUUCGUCACAUCACGUUUGUUAGUCCUGUUUAUAAUGAAAUGACUGAGAAAUCAAAAGAAAACAAAUUAAAUUAGGACUAACUCUUUCAAUUUGGAUUUUUUCUUAUCAUCGUAGCUCGGUAUCUCGCAAAAACGGAAACUUAGGCAAGUGCUUUAUAAACAUAUGUAUAAAAAGAACGUAUCUCAUUUAGUUCCUUCAUGCCUACUAUAGCUAGUUAUUUCGGUUUUCUACUGACUGCUUCAACUAUAACCCCAGCUCUAUUUAUUGGUCUGAGCAAGAUACGACUUAUUUGAAAUUAAUUGAAUGAACAAUCAAAUCAGAAAAAUGAGAAUUUUAAAAUUCAGAUUUCUGUAAGAUUCCAUUCCAGGUAUUCUAUGGUUUUGACUUCCAGCAUCAAUUGAAAAUUCGUGGACGUUGAGAUUACUGGGUGAUGCAGAUUAUUAUUUGGAUUAGAGAUAGAUAUUACCUUUUCUCCCCUUUCAAACAAGACAACAAAUCGAAAUGAUUGAAGUUUUUUUAUUUGGAAUCGUGUUAGGUCUAAUUCCUAUUACUUUAGCCGGAUUGUUUGUAACUGCAUAUUUACAAUACAGACGCGGCGAUCAGUUGGACUUUUGAUUGAGUAAGAUUUCUUUUUUCUUGUCAUUGACCUCCUAUCCUUGACCCUCAGGAGGUCAAAUUGAAUUCGAUUGAUGUUCGCAAUUCAAGUUAAUGUGAUUCGAUACAAAGUAGCAUCACGCUCUGUAGGAUUUGAACCUACGACAUCGGGUUUUGGAGACCCGCGUUCUACCAAACUGAACUAAGAGCGCUUUAUCACGACAAGAGAUAAUCUUUUCCCAAUACUUCUUAGCUUGCAUAUAGUAUCAUUAAAUGAUACUAAUGAUCAUGCCAUCCCCAAUUUCAAUUGAUCCCAUGUUACUGCCUGUAAGAUAAGUAAUAGGUAGGGAUGACAGGAUUUGAACCCGUGACAUUUUGUACCCAAAACAAACGCGCUACCAAACUGCGCUACAUCCCUUUCAAUUGUUGUACAGUGUCAUUGUAGAGAAUCCCUGUCUUCUUUUCCACACCGUUAUUUCCUUUAAAUAUAUCUAUAUACAUUUCUCUUGCCAUUUUUUCUUUUUGGUCUCAUAACAUAAAAUAAAAGAGUUAGAAUUAUGUAUAUAUGAAAUCCAAGGUGAAAUACAACGUAUAAAAGAAUGAGUAUUUAUAUGCUCAAGAACAAAAAAAAAAUAA